AUGGGAGGAAAUCCAUCUCACCGAGAUGUGCUUUUAAAAAUAGAUCUUCAGAAAGCAUGUGACUCCAUUAAUUGGGAUUUCAUUUCGGUUGUCCUUAAAGCUUUGGAUAUCUCAUCCAAAUUCAUUGAAUGGAUUACUGCGCGCUAUUCGAAUGCUCGAUACUCUAUUGCCUUCAAUGGAAGCUUGAUUGGCUACUUCAAGGGUGCUAGAGGGAUAAGACAAGGGGAUCCACUAUCCUCUUUUUUAUUUGUUAUGAUUCUGAAUGUUCUGUUCACCCUCCUCAACACUGCUGCUUCUAAAGGGAUGUUUUCUUUUCACCCUAAAUGCAAGAAUCUCAGACUCACUCACUUAUCUUUUGCUGACGAUUUACUUAUCUUUUGCAAAGGAAAUCUUGAGUCUGUUUUGGGUGUUAUCACUGUCUUGGACUGCUUCUAUGAGUUUUCUGGACUUAAACUUAAUGCUGGAAAAUGGGAAAUCUAUACGGCUAGUAUUUCUCCCCUCAACAUUGAAUCUAUCAUAAGUUCUACUGACUUUAAACAUGGAAGAUUACAUGUUCGUUACUUGGGUGUCCCUUUGGUCACCAAUAAACUUACUGCUAAAGAUUGUCAAGCCCUUCUAGAUAACAUCAAAAACAUGCUUCACCAAUGGUCAAGAAAGUAUAUGAGUUAUGUAGGAAGCGUGGAGCUCAUCAAGACUGUUCUUUAUAGCGUUGCAAAUUUUUGGUGUAGGCAACUUGUCUUGCCUCUUUCCAUUAUCAAGAAAAUUGAACAAUUGUGUUCAAGAUUCUUUUGGAAAGGUUUGGAUACAAAAGCUACAGGAGCAAGGGUGAGCUGGAGAAAUAUCUGUUAUCCAAAGUCAGAAUGUGGUUUAGGUCUAAAGGAUAUUAAAUCCUGGAACUGUGCGAACUUAAUUCUACUUACCAGAAAACUUCUUGCAAGUCAAGGAUCACUAUGGGUUGCCUGGACUCAAAUUAAUACUAUCAAGAAUCAAGAUUUCUGGACCAUGACUGAACCUCUUAAUUCGAGAUGGAUAUUUAAACGUAUUUUGAAAAUACGAAUCAUGGCCAGACCAUUGUUGUUAUCUUCUGUGAGUAACACCAAGCAAAUUUGGAAAGAUAUUCGGCCUAAAAAAAGCAAAGUAUUUUGGCAUAAUCUGCUCUGGUUUUCUCUCCAUGUCCCGAAGCAUAGCCUUAUUUCUUGGUUGAUCAUACUGGAUCGUCUUCCAACCAAUGACAAAUUACAACGUUUUGGGAUUUCUACUAAUGCUGAGUGUAUUUUCUGCCAUGAUGAAAUUGAAACCAGAGAUCAUCUUUUUGCCACUUGCAGGUACACGGCUUUUAUAUGGAGUUCUCUGCUCCAACUGUCCGGAUUGAACAUUCAGUUCACCAACUGGUCCAGUCUGUUCGAAUGGGCAGCAAAUUCAUGA